AUGUCCAACCCCAACGACCUCACUACUCGCGAAAUGGAAGUCCUCGCAUUGGCGUGGCAAUGCAUGGAGAGCGAGCCCAAGGUCAACAUUCAAAAGCUUGCGCAACUCACAGGCUACACUUCGGGCAGCGCUUCUGUUACCUUUGGCAAGAUCAAGCGCAAGCUCAAGGGCAAGGCUGCCGGUGUCACCACCUCCAACCCAGCUACGCCCAAGCGCCAGACCAACAACCGCGGUCCUCGUAGCGCUCCCAAGUCUAGCCCUAAGCGCGGCGCUACCGAGGAGGCUGCUGCUGGUACUCCAAGCAAGAAGGGCAAGAUGGCCAGCAAGCUCGCCGCCAACGACGACGAUGACGAGGAGUUCACUACGUUCACCGUCAAGAAGGAGGAAGUCGAGGAUAUCGCCAACGGUGCAGAUGCAUUCUUCCAGGAGGCAGCUGCUUACGCCACGGCUGAUGACUAUCAGGUAUGA